AUGACUACGUUGGAGAUGCUGCCGGCACGGACUCUGGCCGAGGUGAAUGAGUUUGAAAGUCUUCUCAAACAGAAUACGUCCUUGCAAGAUAUUGUCAACUACACGCUCACUCACCGUGCCCGUUUGGUACGACCCAUAGUCAGCUAUGAUGCUUCGGCCCUGGCAUUGAGUUUCGUCCCUGCCGUGGAAGAUGCAGAUCUAGAAGGCGAUGGAGAGCCAAAAGACAGCUACUCGUACCAGCAUCUACGCAGCGAUCUCUACGAUAUCGUGACUGAAGCUGGGUGCCAGCUAGAGGCACGGUACACUGUGCCAUCGGCGCAUGUUACAAUUGCACGAUUUGUGCGCCCAGUUGGGUGGUCCGAGAAUGAGUCUGAAGAGCCGGGCUUAUUUCGCAAAAGAGCCCAAGACCUGGUGGCUACAAUCGAGGAUAUCAACCAGGAAUUAACAUCAAAUAAUUGGAAGCGAUUUGGCAACCCGUCGCGGGGUGAGUGGAAAGUCGGACAGGAGAAAGGACUGGAGUUGAUGAAGGGCCGGUCCUGGUAUGGAAAAGGCGAGAGUGUUAUUAUGGGCAAGGGCUUCCAAUAA